CUCUAUUCGCGCAUUAUUGCUGGUCUGAGUUGGAGGAAACCAAAAGGAGAACAUUUGCUUAGUCACUGCUUUAUCACACGCAUUGCUUUGUGCGCCGCAUUGCGUGGCCUUUGGAGUGUCUGUGUCCUACUAGAAUUUUUUGGGAUUGGUUCCGGUGUCCGCGAGACCAUACAAGUAUAAGGUGUCCCGAGUGAACUUGUAUCGGGAUAACUUGACCUGAGUGUCGGUCAUGCCAAGAUACCAACUUGAGGUCGCUAUCGUACUAUGUUGUUCCGCGUUACUCAGUGCAGCCGUAUUUGCAUUACAAAGACGACCGAAAGAAGGGGCUAUUAAAUUGCCACUUUAUGACGAUGGCGAGUUGAUUGGUGCCACGGAGUCUGACGACCCGUUCAAUGUGACGAAGCCUGAGGAUGUGAUUGAUGGGUAUCCUAUUCGAGAAGAGGAGUUUUGGAGGAAGAUUCGAAUACGAAAACUCUUAUCAACGGGAGUCACGGCUGCCUUGGUUAUCGUUCAAACCGUUGCGCUAGGAUGGACUGUCAUCGCAGACGAAAAUGUUCGAGACGUAGCCUCCACAGCCCUGUACACUGCAUUCUCUCUGUACAUGUUGGUUUUGUCGGUCAUCUCCAUAAGCCAUUCUGAAAGAUACUGGCAUGGAAGAUUUACUGUGCAUUUGGCUGCAUUGUCAACGACAGCAGUUGUUUUCUUGGUUGCAGUCAGCAUUUUGCCGUCAAGAGUUCAGUGGGAAAAGUCUCGGCAGAUUACUUGGUUCAUAUCUUUGGCACUUUGGAUUUUGGCGUUCUGGUUAUCUACACGGAUGAAACGGGGCCCCGACUUGCAUUUUCCUUCCGAACGAAUAUACUCGGAGAAGACCCUUGCUGGUACGACGACAUACGUAGAAGACAACGUAUGUGGUAUCGUUAACGGGUCUCCUUGGGAUAUCGUGCUGUUUUCCUAUACGACGAAAGUGGUUCGCCUUGGGUACACAUCCGAGAGUCUUGAAAUUGGUGACCUCCCGAUUGUUGCGGGGAGCAUGCGCGCAACGUCAAUCUUCUCGCGCAUGAAAUACGUAAUGCGCAAGUAUCACUGGCGUUCUGCACGCCCAGGUUCCGGAUGGCUUUUGGCGUAUCGGAUCUUAUGUGCCAACAAACGUUUGUUGACGAUUCAGAUUUCGUUGGUCGUCGUCUCCGCGGUCCUUUUCUACUCACCAGCGCUCUUCUUGCGGUUACUCGUUAAAUACCUCGAAGACGACCCGGAAAGAAAAUAUCCUGCCUGGGGUUGGGUGUACGCUGCAGGCCUUUUCGGGUUGAACGCAUUCACGUAUCUCGUCACUGGACAAUUAUGGUCCAUCUCCACGACGAGUCUGCAAGUUUCCAUGAAAAUUCAACUCAAUACGAUAUUGUACGGGAAGACGCUUGUGAGAAAGGACGUUGCUUCUACUGCGGCGACUAAGAAGGGAGAUAAGGAGGAGGAGGAAGGGGAGUUUUCGAGCAAGGCUCAGGUUAUGACGCUCAUGACGACUGAUGUGGAUCGGGUUAGCGAGUUUGCGUGGCAUUUCUUCGCUUUGUUCGAUUCGCCUAUUGAAAUAACGAUCGGCAUGCUCAUUCUUUACAAUCUUCUGGGUGUCUCGUGCUUCAUCGGUCUCGCAGCUGCAUGUUUGUUCUUGCCUAUGAAUCACUAUGCGAGCAAGGUCGUCGUUUCUGCUCAGGAAAAUCUUAUGAAAGCUCGUGAUGAGCGAAUGGCGUUGAUGAACGAGGUCCUCAGUGCUAUUAAGAUGCUCAAGUUCAUGGCAUGGGAGCGUAACUUCGAAAGCCGAGUUAUGAAGAUUCGUGAGAAGGAGCUUAAGUACCAACGCUUGAACUACAUCAUUGAGACAUUGUUCAACAGUAUUUGGGCUGCGUCUCCUCUGGUGGUGACACUUGUGUCCUUCUGGCAUUUUACUGUCAUCCGGCAUCAGACACUUACGCCGUCAAUUGCGUUCACUUCCAUUGCCAUCUUCGCUGAACUCAAAUUCGCUCUAAACGCAAUUCCCGAAACCUUAAUCAACAUGUACCAAAGUUUCGUCUCCAUGGCACGUAUCGAACGAUACCUCGGACUCGCGGAAGUCGCACCUGUAGAACCGUUGGAUGAUGUACAACGACGUAUUGCUCUGCAAUCUGCUACGAUUACUUGGCCGCAAGAUAGGUCAGGCUCGAGAAGCGCCAGCGCUAGUGCUACUCCGUCGACUUCUUCGACUCCCCGGCGCAAGUUUUCGUUGAUUGACCUUACGAUUGAGUUCCCUCCUGGGGAGCUGUCGUUGAUUUGUGGGAAGUUGGGGGCUGGGAAGACUUUGCUGCUGCUUUCCCUCCUUGGUGAAGCGGACCUUUUGGCAGGACAGAUCAGUUGUCCUCGCUCGCCUCCGAAUGUUAUUGCGUCUUUCGUAGGCCAGGUUCCUGAGGAGAAAGAGUGGAUUGUCAACGGCGUGUGUGCAUAUGUGCCGCAGGCUGCUUGGCUACAAAAUGCAACAAUUAAAGAGAACAUUUUGUUCAACCUUCCAUUCGUAGAGGAGAGGUAUCAGAAGACACUAGAAGCUUGUGCACUGGUUGGAGAUUUGAAAAUCCUUGAAGACGGUGACGAGUCGGAAAUCGGCGAGCGGGGUGUCACUCUAUCUGGAGGUCAAAAAGCGCGAGUAUCGCUUGCCCGUGCCGUUUAUUCUCGCGCGUCGGUUCUUCUUUUGGACGAUGUUCUUUCGGCCGUUGACGCGCACACCGCACAUCACCUCUACCACGAAUGUCUUAAGGGUGAUCUAAUGAAAGGCAGGACAGUCAUUCUCGUAUCACAUCACGUACAACUAUGUGCACCUGGUGCAAGUUAUAUAGUAUCUCUAGACAACGGCCGACUGGCGUUUUCCGGUCAUCCAGAUGACUUCAGGGCAUCUGGUAUUAUGGCCAGACUCAUCCAAUCUGAUCAACUCGAAAACGCUGGUGAAGAGAAUGGAGAGGAAAAGGAAAUCUCUCAGGAAAGGAAUAUCGAAGAUCUGCCGUCUAGGGUUGCUUCUUCUUCCGCUUCGGUGAACGAAACAACAACGACCGAAGGAGCUUCGCCAGCGUCUUCUGAUUCACCGGUAUCUGAAACAGAAUCGACGCUUGCGGCUUCUAGUGUCAAUGCUGCUGUUGAGUCUAAGACAAAGGAGAGGAAGGCGCCGCGCAAGUUGAUCGAAGAGGAGAAACGGGCAGUUGGUCGUAUUGGUAAAGAAAUUUGGAAAACGUAUUUCUCCGCCGUGGGCAGUAAUUUCUAUUGGAUUAUCUUUGCGAUUGCGGUCAUACUUGCCGCUGCCAGCCCCGUGGCGGAGAACGGAUGGUUAAGUUAUUGGUCCGGAUUGGCCGGAAAGCAAACCGAAACACGUGGACCAAUGUUUUAUGUCGCUAUCUAUGCCUUGAUUACAUUCAUUGGUCUUAUCUUUAUGACGUUCCGCUGGUUCGUUCUAUAUCACGGAUCCAUUCAUGCCUCCACGAUCCUUUACAAGAGGCUACUCGAGACGGUCUUGUUCGCUCAAAUCCGCUUCCACGAUACUGUCUCACGCGGUCGCCUCCUGAAUCGUUUUGGCAAGGACUUUGAAGGAAUCGACUCCUCGUUAUCUGACAAUUUCGGACGAAGUGUCUUUUAUUUCAUAUCUGCUUGUACAACUCUUGUUGCGAUUACUUACGUCGGUGGACCGGUUUUCUUCGUUGCGGCGCUUAUACUUGGAGUCGUGUAUUACAAUGUUGCUAAGGUGUACGGCCAAUGCAGCCGUGAUAUGCGCAGACUCGACUCGGUAUCGCGUUCGCCAUUGUACUCUAUUUACGGAGAAACUAUAUCUGGUGUACCCAUUUUGCGAGCUUUUGGGGCUAGCUCCAAGUUCUUGCGCGACAUGCUUAGAUGCGUAGACACGAACGCGAACCCUUAUUACUGGUUGUGGGGAGUGAACCGCUGGGUCUCUACUCGCUUCAACCUGCUGAGUAGCGCGAUCGUUGGCGUAACUGCUAUCGUGGCGCUUAUAAACCCGAAGAUUGAUGCCAGCCUUGCUGGUUUCACGUUAGCGUUUGCUUCGACGGUUACGAACGACCUACUCUUCAUGGUUCGUCGUUUCGUCGGGCUUGAGCAAUCAAUGGUUGCGGUGGAGCGCGUGAAAGAGUACUCGGAGCUUUCUAAGGAAGGUCCUGAGUUUGUUGAGCCAAGGCCUCCUGCUUCGUGGCCUUCAAAGGGAUCCAUUGAAUGUGAAAAACUUGUCAUCCGAUAUGCGCCCGAUCUCCCAGAUGUCUUGCACGACUUGAAUUUUAAAGUUAACCCUGGAGAGAAGAUCGGAAUUCUGGGCCGGACAGGUAGCGGAAAGAGUACUCUGGCACUAUCAUUCUUCCGAUUCGUAGAACCGACCGAAGGACGGAUCCUUGUGGAUGGAAUUGACAUCACGAAAGUCGGAUUGACCGAUCUAAGGAGUCGACUGACUAUCAUCCCGCAGGAUCCGACUGUUUUGAGUGGCACAUUACGCUCAACGCUGGAUGUGUUCGAUGAAUACGAGGACGCAGAGAUCUUUGAGGCGUUACGUCGCGUACAUUUAAUACCGUCGUCCGAUGAGGAAGCUCCUCAGGAUGAUGAAGAAAAUGAGAACCCCUUCCGAAAUCUGGAUUCGCCUGUGUCGGAGGGAGGAGACAACUUUUCCACGGGACAGAAGCAGCUAUUAUGUAUGGCCCGUGCAAUCUUGAAGCGAUCUAAGAUUCUAGUCAUGGACGAGGCAACUGCAAGUGUUGAUUAUGCUACUGACGAGCUUAUCGGGAAAACCAUUAGACAGGAAUUCGCUGACUCAACAUUACUGACAAUUGCACAUCGUUUACGAACUGUCAUUGAUUACAACAGAGUUAUGCUUCUUGACCAAGGCCGAAUCGUCGAAUACGAUCGCCCGGCGACAUUACUGUCUAACCCUUCAUCGCGCUUCUAUGCAUUAUGUAAAGCGGCAGGAUCGGACGAGUUCACGAUGUUGAAACGAAUGGCUGGGGUGUCAUAACAUCUUUAUUGACUCCCAACACAAAAGACAAAAAUAGUUCUGCUCUGCUACAUAGGCGAGUACAAAAGAACGCAUUGAUAGAUAAAGGAGU